UGCUUCGUAGAGUGGAUGGGCUUCACCAUCCGACAAUACAUAGUGCAGAUACUGAAUUUGUAGUUUCCGCGCCCGAAACCGGAGGAUGUGGUGUUCUGCACGGCUUUGUUUCCUGAGUUUGGGCCAGCAGAAAUUCUUCGGCGAAACCCGGCCUUCAUGUGUAGGUGACAGUGGAGCGUCGGUGCUGCACGUGACAAGACGCCAUCUUCGCGACAUCACGCUGAGUGGCUGAACAAGUGAAUGACGUAUUGGCAUGGAUGUAAUCAAAAUCGAGCAGGACAAUAUUUGUGAUACUAAUGGAAUAUGUCUAAACAAAAAUUGUAAUUUUGUUGGUAUUCAACAAGGAGCUGAAUCAGAUGUGAAGACAGGUUUUCAGUUAAAUGCUGCAAGUUGGGGUGAUUUAACUGUAGUGAAGAGUGAAGUGCAGCAUAUCACUGUGAAAGCAGAAAGUGUAUUACAAAUGAAGGAAGAAAUUCAGCCAACUGAAGAAUGUCAUUUAAGGGUGAAUGACGAUAUUCACUGUGUUUUAACAAAACAGAAAGAUAAACCAGUUGUAAAGAAUGGAGCUUGUCUCAUUAGUCCACAAGGGAAAGGACCUUCACAUCCAGCCAGAGAGGAGCACAGUAUUGGUAUGUUCAAAGUGGAACCUGAUUCGUUUGACAGCACUUCCCCUUUAUAUUCUCCUAAUGAUGAUCCAUUAAUUGAUGUAAAACAAGAAAAAUGUGAUGUUACAAUAAUGGAAAAUAUGAUGAAGGUUGAGUUUGCGCCUGUUAAAAAUGAGAUGAAGGAUGAAUUUUGGGCUCUUAAGGAGGAGUUCAAGGAUGAAAUAACAGUAGAGGAGCAUGAAAUGUGUCUGCAGAACAUGGGACUCUUGGCCAAUGAAGGUGAACAUACGGCUGGCACCAUAGUGGAAGUCAUAAAUGGAAAGCGAAAGAUUGAUGUUCUUUUGGAGCAAAGAGUGAAUUGUUAUAAAUGCCCAGAAUGUAGUGAACAGUUUUCUCGUAGAGUAUGUCUUUCCAGACAUAUAAAAACUCAUAUCGACGAGGGGCCUUACAAGUGUGAUAUAUGCCAUAAAGGAUUUGCUCAGGCUAUGAAUCUAGGUGUGCACCGCCGUGCCCAUGCAGAAAAGAGGUCCUACAACUGCAAAAUAUGCAAUAAGGGAUUCAUAAGAAGUGGCAAUCUCGCAAAACACUGUUGUGCCCACACGGGAGAAGAAUCAUAUGUUUGUGAACUGUGUGGCAAGGGAUUUACAAAUUGUGGAGAACUGUUGCGGCACCGGCGUACCCAUGCAGGUGAGAAUCCAUACACCUGUGACAUUUGUAAAAACGUAUUUUCAAGACAUGCAAAUCUUACAAUACACAUGCGGAUUCAUACCGGAGAAAAACCAUACAUAUGUGAUAUAUGUAGUAAGGGUUUCAGGAAAAGUGGAGAUCUUGCUAGACAUCGUCGGACCCAUACAGGAGAGAAGCCAUAUAUAUGUGAUAUAUGUAAUAAAGGCUUCGUAUGUAAUGUUGAUCUAACAAGGCACAGACGUACACAUACUGGUGAGAAGCCGUAUGCCUGUGGAAUAUGUAAAAAGGCGCAUUCGCGUCAAUCAAAUCUAGUACGACAUAUGCGCAUACAUAUUCCGGAAAAGACCAUAAAUUUGUGAAAUUUGUAGUUUUCGUUUUUUGGAUCGUAGAUAUAUUGUGAGGUACGAUGUUAACUUGCCGAUAGAAAGUUAUGACGAUGUAAUGCUGUAUAAUUUGCUUGGCUGUUGUGACUGAUAAACGUUAUACAUUUACCUGUAACCUCCUUUGCCAAAUAUUUUUUUUGUUUGCUUCACCCCAAAAUAAAGUGAGGCAGGAUGUGGGAUUGCGCUAUUCCGGCUGUCUCCUCGUUUUGGCAUAUAAUUAAACAGUUUUUCGUCAAAUGGUUCCAACUUAGAUCGGUAAAGAAUAUAUAAGG